AUGAUUAUAGUAUUACAACUGACAAUACUUGCAACACCUACUACAAAUGAUAGCAAUAGUGAAAAUACUCAUGAAUUUUUGUUCAAUUAUAAAGCAUUUCAAAAUGUUAAAGAAAAAGCUAGUUUAGAUAAAUAUAAUGAAGUUAAUAUCAAUAUAGCAUGGGAGGACAUGGACUCGAUUGAAAAAGAUUCUAUUGAAAAAAGUUCAACAAUUAGUUUUGAUGAAAACUAUCUAAUAAGUGAUAUUGAGU